CACAGAUAUCAGGCCGCGAGACGUCUUUCUUUCUGAUGCUCAUGCUCCCAAUUUUUGCUGUCUCCAUUUUUAUAUUACUUUUAUUAUUUAUAUCUCUACCUCUCUCUUUACUCUCUCGGUUUUCUCCACAGCGGAAAGAUUUGAAACCUCGGGGACUUUCUCUCUUCUAUGCGAUAGUUUGGUUCUCUGCGUAACUCUCCGCCGAGCCUCGGUAUACAGGGAGAGAGGCGAGAGAGCUCCUCUGACGCAAAAUCACUACUCAUGACUGCUCCCUCUCCGGCUCCGGCUCUCCCGCCGCCACUGCCGCCGCCACAGCCGCCCGGUCUUCCUGCUGCCGUUCCUCCAUCCGCGGCCUCUACUGCUCUCAACAAAUGCUUCAAUUCCGACUGUACGGAGAGCAAGUCCAAGAAAGGCUGGCGGCUGCGCUCGGGGGAGCUAGCCGAGCUAUGCGAUCGAUGCGGGAUGGCUUAUGAGGAAGGAAAAUUUUGUGAGAUUUUUCACCCACGUGCUAGUGGCUGGAGGCAUUGUGAGUCCUGUGCGAAGCGUGUGCAUUGUGGAUGUAUUGUCUCUGUUAGUGCAUUUACGUUGUUGGAUGCUGGUGGGAUUGAGUGUGUGGCUUGUGCAAAGAAGAACGUAGUAUUGUUUUAUGAUUUUGAAAUUCUAGUCUUGGUUAAUGUAACGAAAUGCUGCUGGAGAAACAUCAAAUACCGCAUGGGCACCUUUGUUUUACCAUGGAUAUGUAUCUGACAGCCUGAAGGACCUUUCAGUUAAAAACUGGAACCAUUUAGCUGGAUCAGGUCCUGUGCCAUGGAAACAAGCACCCAGUUUGUUCAAUUCUUCUAUUCCUCAGACUGAUGCGCAACCUAGGAUGCCGUAUGAUGUUGUUAGUGCCUCUGAGAGACUAUCUUUCACUUCUCAAGAAAAAGGAAAAAUUGAUUAUUUUGCUCAGAGAUUAACAAAUGGAAAUCUGAAGCUCAGUUCAAGGGACAAACCUGUGAAUGCUAAUGCAGGUGCAUCUGUUGAGGAACAACAGUCUUCUUGUGUAAGAGAAGAUCUAUCCACCCUGAAAUUUGGCAUGGUUGGAACAUAUGCAUCCACAAAUGAAGCUAAUGGAAAUUUUGGGUGCUCUGGACCAACUGCACGCGCGACGUCUUCACCACUUGUAAAGCAGAUUUCUGUUAGUUUUCAGAAUGUAAGUGAUUCACCUGUUGAACCUCGUAGUCGAGGGAGACCCCGGGCAGAUGCCCGUGGAAGAAGCCAGUUACUUCCAAGGUACUCACCAAGGUGUACUGAUGAGGAGCUGGCACAGAUAUCUGUAAAUUCAAAUUCUAUAAUAACUCCUUUGUUUGAGAAACAAUUGAGUCCUAGUGAUGCUGGACGAAUUGGACGGCUGGUGCUGCCAAAAAAAUGCGCAGAGGCUCAUUUUCCACCAAUCUCUCAGGCAGAUGGUUUACCUCUCAAGAUUCAAGAUGCUAAAGGCAAAGAAUGGAUAUUUCAGUUCCGUUUUUGGCCCAACAACAAUAGUCGAAUGUAUGUUCUUGAGGGGGUUACUCCUUGCAUACAGAAUAUGGGACUCCAAGCAGGUGAUACGGUGACAUUCAGUCGGUUAGAGCCUGAAGGGAAAUUGGUAAUGGGAUUCAGAAAAGCUUCAUCUGCUCUGUCAUCUGAUCAGGAUAAUGAAUCAAGCAAGCCUAUAACUGGGCCUUCUGGAAAUGGAGAAGUUGACCUGUUAGACCCGAGUCCAUGGUCUAAAGUUGACUAUUCAGGUUAUAUAGCAUCUUCUAAAGUAGACAAGUCAGGUUACAUAGCCAAAGAAAUUCUUGAUUCCAAACCUUUGGUGAAAAAGAGGAAGAACAGAAUAUUGGGUUCAAAGAUUAAGCGCCUAAGAUUGGAAAGUGAGGAUAUGAUAGAAUUGCAGAUAACAUGGGAAGAAGCACAGGGGCUGCUCCGUCCUCCUCCGGAAAAUAUUCCUAGUGUUGUGGUGAUUGAAGGAUUCGAAUUCGAGGAAUUUGAGGAUGCACCAGUUCUUGGGAAGCCUACACUUCUAGCAAAUGAUGAUGCUGGUCACAAGGUACAAUGGGCUCAAUGUGAAGAUUGUUCAAAGUGGCGAAAGUUACCUGCCAACGCUCUUCUUCCCUCCAGGUGGACAUGUUCAAGUAACUUCUGGGAUCCAGAAAGAUCAUCAUGCUUGGCAGAUCAAGAAGUGAGCAGAGAACAGCUCAAAGAUCUGCUGCCACCCCCUGAUCUAGCUGCUUUCAAAAAAAUGAAGACUGGUAAAUCAGAAACCACGGGUAACAACAAGGAAGAAGCUUCAGAAGAAGGGCUCGACACGCUCGCAAACUUGGCCAUUUUAGGAGGAGAAGGUGGCGGUGGGGAGGCUUCUUCUUCUCAGGCUGCGACAACAAAGCAUCCUCGACACAGACCUGGGUGCACGUGUAUCGUGUGCAUUCAGCCGCCAAGCGGCAAGGGGCCCAAGCACAAGCAGUCGUGCAUGUGUACUGUCUGCCAGACAGUGAAGCGCCGAUUCAGAACCCUGAUGAUGAACCGGUGGGAGAAGAGGCAGCAAAGGGAGGAGAAAAGAGUGGCAGCUGAAGCCAUUGCGCGGAAGAUGCAGCCGCAGCAGCACCAGCGGUCGCCAAUAAAGGAUGAUGAUGUUGAUAAUAAUGAGGAUGGUUCUCCAGCUUCAGGUCAGACCACAAAACCAAAUCCCACCACCACCGGGUCCCCUUUCAAAGGUCAAAUAAUAGACUUGAACAUCCAGCCGGAGCGGGAGGAAGAGUUUUCAGUGCCCUACACAGUGAAGCAGCAGCAGCAGAAGGCGGCGUCAUUGUCUGCCUCUGCAAACACUGAUGGUCAUCGGCAGCAGCAGCAGCCCGAGCGAGAGGUAACACUGCCACCUCCUGAUGAUGAUCCUGUAUCCAGAAGCGACCGCGUGGCAACUGAUCACACACCAUCAAUAAAUGAAGUAAGACGUGCAGCCGCAGACAGAACUUCUGAUGACGGUAGCUCCUUCAGCAACAGCAUCUGGCUAGCAAAACGAACAGAAGCUCCUCCUGCCUCUUCUUCUGCCCCAGCUACUACCGGAUAGCCCUUGGACUGGUGGCGCCAUCCGCCAACAGCAGCCUGGAAUGGAAGUCUUGUAAUAAUUUCAUGAUUGCUCCGCUCGGCCAACUUAUCCGGUAUAGCAGCAUUCUUCUUCCAAUGUGUGUACAUAAAGUGGCUGGGGAUCGGGAGAAUGGUGAAGAAGGAAGGAAAGCCGCGCGCGACGGUCUUAUCGUGAUUGUUUGCAGAGUCUAGGGUUUGAUUUUACUUGAAUUUUUUCUUGCUGGGUAGUGAGGUUGAAGCUACGUAAGUAGGGGUUUGACUGUUGUUAGGAAGCGGCUCACCUCCACCUUCCAUUGAGGAGGAUGUAAAUUGUGCAAGUCAGUGGACGUUGUAUCCUUCAGCUUUGGUUGCCUGCAUGCGGUCGAUCGCUAAAUGCAUUAUCGGCCGAGCAAGAAAGCAGCGUCAAGGAAGUUAGAUUCUCCUGUCGCUACGAUCGCCAUUGUCCGAGCUUGAAAACUGCAUUCGGAUCUGGACAGGAUCAUCUUAAAUGGAAGAAGAGUGGUGGCGAAAUGUCUUGUUAACUGAUCUCUGUUCAGCUACGAAGGGCAACUCGUAAAGCUUAUAUGUACCAGAAGGUCUAAAGGGGCCAAGGCAUCAGGCGAUGUCUGCCUGACUAUUUUUGUUAAAAGCUCCUCGUUUCUUCAUGGUAGCAGCUCUAUGCUCUAGGCCAUGAUUGGUAUCCCAGUAUUAUAUCAGCAAGAAGUAAAGGAACGUCAUAACUAGAGAGCCACCAAAUCAUCACUCCACAAUAACAACAAGUGUUUUCUAUAAUCGUGAUGUUAUUUUACAAUGAAUCAAAGAAUGAAUGAAUCUCUCAAAAUUUACUAAUACUAAUACAAUUGAUGCACUAAUAUUUAUGGUAUGGAUCACUAGGUAAGUAGUGUUUUUUCUUUCGCCUUCCAUUUCAUCAUACGAGAGUAGAACAAGCAGAGGAAGCAGGGUCGAACAGAGCAGGGAGCAAGUACUUCCUGCCGUUCACUCCAUUGGCAUUGUAGCUCGCCCCGGUGGUUGAAUCCAACAAGAGCUCCCCAGCGUAGCCAGGGUAAGCUCCCUUUCCAUAAACACCAGUACAAGCCGAUGCAGCCUCCAAUGGCGCCUCUUUGGGUCCCUGGAAGUACCCAUUCCCAAACGGAUUCGUCGCGGUUCCCGCCAACAAACUAGCCAGAUUGAUGAUGAUCCCGUCCAUUCCGACGUCGUUGUUGGGGGAAACCAGAGGAAGUGACUGCGGGCCGUAGAUCGGCUGGUGGAACGGCCACGCGCAUUGGCCCGGACACUGCUUCUCCGAAUUCCCCACCCAUAUGUAAGCGAACUUCGACACCUUUUUACCGCCAUUGAUUUUGCGAGCAGCGGCAGUGCUCAAAGAAGAUCCGUGGGUACCGCACUUGCUGGAGCAGAACCCUUCGACGGCGACGUCGGAGGAGGUCAGGACGACGUUGACGGCGUUGGAUUGGGCGCCCUUGGACGCCAAUUGAACGAUUUGCUUGGACGAAAGGGAUUUCCCCAAUGAGUAACCCUCGUCGAGGAUCUGGUUGCUCAAAGACAGCGAGAGAGAGUGUUUGUUGGAGGAUUUGAUGAGGUGGUAGUAUUUCUCAGUGGAUUUCCACCAGCUCCCGACGGUAGGCUGCUGCUUGGAUGCAGGGGAGGAGAGGGAAGCGACGAAAUCGGAGACGAUGGCGCGCUGGGAGGGCUUGAAUUUGCCGUACCAGAUUAGAUUGACGGAGAUUUUCCCAGUGAGGAGAGCGCCGUUGUGGUACUGAAAUGCCAAAUUGUCGCCGCCGUCGGCGGAUUGGUCGGCGGGAUUUAGGGUUCUGGCGGCAGAGGAGCCCCAAUGAAGCAGAGUGCAGAGGAUCAGAAUGUGGGGGAGGAAAUGGGUUGAGGGAAUCGCCAUUGAAGUUAAUUACUGUUACGAUCUCGAAGAUGUGAGAAUCAGUAGAGCUGAGAGGAGGGGAUCUUGGAGAGGGAUGUGGAGGAAACUGGAAUGGCGGGCUGCGGUAUAUAUAGGAGCUCUGUUCUGCAGAAGUAGAAGGAAGGGAGUAAAGGGAAAGGAGUGGAGCACAACUAAGUUCCAGCCAGGCCAUAACUCGUGCUGUAUUUUGGGAACGCGUAAAAGUAAAAAACUGCGUAAGCUCUGGAUAGUGGCAGGAGAUGGAGAUGGACCAACCAGC